AUGUUGGGAUGGCAUGGUUACCCACCAACUGAGGCGUCCGUCACUGAAUUUGCGAGUAGCGUGGGAAUUACACUUAAUAUGAAUGGGCUUGAGCCAAUGACGAACUCGACAGAGGACAUAGAGGCUAGUGAAAGAGCACGACAGUUUCAGCUGGGUCUCUACGGACACCCUAUCUACACUCAGAGUGGUGAUUAUCCGGCAGUGGUGCGACAGCAAGUGGAUGGCAACAGUGAGGCUGAAGGACGACCCCGAUCAAGGCUGCCAACCUUCACACAGGAAGAGGUAGAGUACAUCAGGGGGUCAGCAGACUUCUUUUCAAUAAACCACUACUCAACGACUUUCGUGACGCCGGGAAUCACAGGUGAUUCACCUUCCAAAAAACGUGACAUGGCUGUAAUUACAACUUCUGGCGAGCACCUUCCUUGGGGGUUUCGGAGUCAGCUGAACUGGAUCGCCAACGAAUACCCAGGAUAUCCAAUAAUUAUAACAGAGAACGGUCUCUACAAUUCCGGAGGACGAAACGACACAGACCGCAUCGAAUACUUCAAUGGAUACCUCGGAGCUGUGCUGGAGGCGAUAAACAUCGACGGUGUUCCGAUUAUCGGAUACACGGCUUAUGGUCUCAUGGACAACCUGGAAUUUAACUCGGGAUUCACACUUAAGUCUGGGCUGUACGAGGUGGAUUUCAGCAGUCCAAACAGAACGAGGACGCCGAAGGCAUCGGCCUUCUUCAUGGCAGAAGUCUUUAGCAGCAAGCAAUUGCCCAGCUAG